AUGGCUGCUCGAUAUAUUCCACCUCAUGCUCGCAAUGGCCAUCAAACUGCCAACUCGAUCAACAGUACUGCAAAGUGUGUCUCACCCCAUCUCCAGGACGGCGAACUGAAUCCCUCUCUUGGAGAUCUCGGACGGGAUCAUUAUCGAACAGUGAAGGAGAUCAAACAGUAUUUCUGGCCAAACGGUAAUGCAGACCUCAAGGUCCAAGACUCAAGCUGUGAAGAUCUUAAGGACGAAGAUGUUGAGCGUGAUCAUUCUUGUGGGGAGAAAGUUAGCAAUACAUCCUUCGGCACUGAGGAUAACGACGGCAAGCCAAUCAAGAACAAUGAUCCUCCGUUAAAAUCGCAUGCUACACUUCUAGCAUCGGCCGCUCAUCCGAGAGUUCUCAGCUAUGUCCUGGUCUUCCACGAUUCCAAUCCACGCUGGAAAAAGGACAACAUCAUCUUCGCAAAGUCCAACCUCCAUUUAUUGCCACCAGAGCACUCGGACGAUCUGAAAAUUGACAGCAACAAUGAUGCCCAUGGCAAAAAUUCUGAUAUGGGUGCUUCUUGUGGCGUCCCUCGCGAAGAAGUCCCUAUCGCAGUCUUUCACGGCGCCCGAAGCUGUGACCGAAACAGAAUGGACUUCGAUGCUUGGUAUCGUGUGUCACGAGUGCAGAUUCUCGAACCCCAUACAGCUGAACUUGAACGUAUGAUGGGACAGAAGUUCUCUUUGCUCCACAUGAAGCAUAGCCAGGAUGCAAAGACAAAAAAGUUCGAGAGAAGUUUGAAGCGGAAGUGGGCCGUGAUAAAGCUGGAGAAAGAUGUACAAGCCAAUCUCAAGCGUGGGAAACCGAUCAUCCCCAGGUUGGAGGGAAAAGAGGGACGGGGAUCGGGUAAAACAUCGUCAGGAAGUGCACAGACUCUGGGUGUGAAUGAGAUGUUGAGAAUAUUGAGAUUGAGAGAUGAUGAAGGAAAAGCAGGUACGCAUGAAGAUGUUCAGGAGGGAGCUCAGGACUCGGAAGAGGGCCACGAAGCUGCCCAGGCAGGUUUUCAGAACGACGCUCAAGAGGGAGCUCAGGGUAGUCCAGAUGCCAAGGGCGAUAUUAAAGAAUCCCACCUGAACAGUGCGCCUAAUGACCACGACUCACCAAACGACAAUGAACAAAGCCCGAAGGAUGACAAUCAAAAGGACACCCCAGAGGAGACUCCAGAUGCCGCUCAGAAAGCUCCUCCCGUGAAAGGCAAGAAGAAGCCCGAACACAAGAACACCACAACAGAUAGAGAAACUCACCCUGCGAAGCGCAGCAUAAAGCUUGAUCCCACCGUCCCAUCAUUUGUACCAAAAAUGCGACGAGACAACGCCUGA